GAUGGACCAUAUCAAAUUUCUCAGAAGAGGCUCAAUGCCAGUUUAUGUCAUUUCAUUUAGCACGCAAUUGAAAGAUUUUCAAGUGAAGGGAAUUGAAAAUCAAAAGAAUUUUUCAAAAGCAACUGCAAAUUCUUUGCCAUUUACUACUUGGACAACUGUUACUGCGAGAGGAGAAAGUAGUGAAACCAAAGUAUCUACUGAUUUUACAACUCUUCAAACAACCAUUACAGAAAAAGAAGGACCAGGAGGAGACAUUAGUGGAACCCAAGUAUCUACUGAUUCUACAACUGUUCAAGCUACCAUUACUGAGAAAGAAGGAGGAAGAGAAAGUAGUGAAACCAAAAUGUCAUUUGCUUAUACAACUGUUCAAGCUACUACUGACAAAGAAGAAAGGCAAAGCAGUGACACAAAAUUAUCAAAGACUGAUAAAACCAUUGAAAUCACUUCGUUUCAAACAACUGUUAAGGAUGAUAAUGAAGAUAACAGGGGAUCGGGGACAGCUCUUGAGUGGUAUCAUAUUGCGAUUUUGGUUGUUAGAAGUUCUGUACCCAUUUUUGGAGUAGUUUUUUUGAUAUUUGCGAUAAAAAGAUUGUGCUAA